AGUUUGUGUCGCGGACAGGCAACACCUGUGUUGUGAGACAAAAAUAAUGUCAGGACGGUGUAGUGACAUGUAACGGAGACAUGGCUCGGCUAAUACAAAUUUUCCUUGUUGUUUGUUUUCUUGGGAGCACGCACGCCGCGAGAUCCACUAGGUGGUGUGUCACCAGCACAGAUGAAGAAAUCAAGUGCAAUGAACUGAAGGCCCAGAUGAAGACAGCCAUUGAAGGCAACAACACACUGUCAAAGCUACUGCCUCAGGAGUUUGAGUGUAUACGCUCAUAUGAUGUGUUUACCUGUAUGGAGAUGAUAGAGAGUGACCAGGCUGACCUCAUCAACCUGGACUCUGGCCUAGGCUACUUCGCUGGACGCCAGCACAACAUGAUGCCCAUAAUGGCUGAGAGCUAUGCUACUGCUCCAGUUGCCAGCCAAAGGCCAACCUACUAUGCUGUUGCCAUGGUGAAAGUGGGAGAAGAUGUCAAGAUGGAAGAGCUGAACAAGAAAACUGUCUGCUUUUCUGGCAUUGGAAUGGGGGCAGGCUGGGUGUACCCUGUGGGGACUUUACUGAAACAAAACUACAUCAGUGUGGUCAGCUGUAACUCCAUCGUCAAGGCUGUGUCCAUUGCUUUUAGUGAAAUGUGCCUGCCUGGCGCACUCACUUCAUUUUACAAUCCUUUUGGCAACAACCCCACCUCCGUGUGCAAGCUGUGUACUGGACAGAAUGAGGAGUUCUGUACCACAAGUGACCGCUAUGGUGGCUAUGACGGUGCCUUCAAGUGUGUGGCAGAUGGGAACGGCCAGAUCACCUUUCUCAGGCACGACACCAUUGAACUGAUGACCAGUCCAGAGUACAACAACAACAAGACUGGCACGGGCUACUCAGCUGAUAAUUUCAGACUACUUUGCCCAGAUGGCAGUCAAGUUGCAGUGACUGAAUAUGCUACAUGCAACUUUGGCGAAGUGGCUGCCAAUGUCAUGAUGACCUCAGCAGUCAGGGAGCAGGAUGUGGUCAAAGGCUACAAAGACUUCCUGCUGACCUUACAAGAACUGUUUGGCCCAGAAGGGAGGUUGAAGAGUAACUUCCAGCUGUUCAAGUCAGAGGUCCAGUACCCCACUGACCUGUUCAGGCAAACACUGACCAGGAGGAACUUGCUCUUCUCUGACACCACCAAGAGGCUGCAGGACAUGGGGCAAGAAACAUACUACAGCUGGGUUGGUGAGAAGUUCAGCUCCUACCUGAAUGAGAUGAAUCGCUGCCCCUCCGAGGUGAUCCGCUGGUGUGUGGUGUCCAUGGCUGAGAAGCUCAAGUGUGAGGACAUGAUCAUGGCCUUCAAGGCCAAGGAGCUCCAGCCUGAGAUGGACUGCCUGUACGGGGGCAACACCUCCAACUGUAUGGAGAUGAUAUGGCGAGGGGAUGCCGACCUCAUCAAUUUAGAUGCUGGGGACAUUUACAUAGCUGGUCGUCGUUAUGGCCUGGUACCAUUAGCAGCUGAAGACUAUGGUGACAUGAAAAUGAAAUUUAAAGUUGUGGCCGCCGCAAGAAAGACGGACAAGUCAACAACACUCUUCAAUAUGAAAGGAAAGAGAAGUUGUCAGCCAGGGAUUGGACGAGGUGAUGGAUGGAUUAUCCCCCUUAACAUUUAUAUUGAAACAGAACAGUUUUUACCAAGUGACUGCACUAUUUUUAGAAACAUAGGUGAGCUGUUCUCCAGAAGUUGUAUCCCCGGGGCCUUAGACCUGGAAUACAACCCUAAAGGGCGCCCCAUCAACCUGUGUGAGGGCUGCGCUGCUGGAGGCUACAGGAAGUGCCAGCGCAACAGUGAGGAGCAAUACUAUGGAGCCACAGGAUCUUUUAGGUGUUUGGUGGAAAAUGGUGGAGAUGUAGCAUUUGUCAGACAUCUUACAGUCAGGGACAACACAGAUGGCAGGAACCAUGCCAUCUGGGCCAGAAACAGGAGAUCUGAUGACUAUGAACUGCUGUGUAAGGAUGGGCGGCGUCUCAAUGUUGACCGCUUCAAUGAAUGUCACCUAGGUGAAGUGCCAUCAAAUGCCAUUGUCACGUCAGCCAGCAAGUCUGCAGCCCAGAAGGAAAUCAUGUGGAAUGUUCUAAAUUAUGGUCAACAGUUUUUCUCCUCUGAUAUUGAUGGAGAUUUCCACAUGUUUGACUCGGGCCUCUGGUACUCUGACCUCAUCUUCAAUGAUGCAGCAGUCAGGCUGAUGAAAAUCUCAGACCACAAACAGAACUACAGAGACUGGUUGGGAGAAUCUUUCAUAGCCCAGAUAGAAAACCUGCACCGCUACACCUGUGUCAACCCAGACAGUGCCUCGGCCCUCAGCCCCAGCCUCACCAGCCUAGCACUUGCAACUUUUGGCACUUUACUCUUGGCCUUUUUGUAACAUACACAUUGUUGGAUUGUAAAAAAUUGCUUUUUAUACAACCUAAGGGGGAUUCUCAGAAAAAUGUGCAAACAGAAAAAUAACUGCAAACAAAUGAUGUUAAUGGAAUUAAAUUAAUUAUUAAUUUUGUCAAAUUUUCUUGGAGAAAUGUUUUUUGCUAAAAUGUACAUGUGGUUAUUCUUUGCUAAUGUCUAUAAAUGCUCAAUUUAAAAAAAAAAUCCCUUCUGCAUAUUUUUCCAGUCAUCCUUAAUGGCCAAUGGGGCUGAAAAAAUAAAGUCCAUGAGUUGACUUUAAAAGUUGUUUACAGUUGUUAAAAACCCUUAUCUGAAUUAGGUUUCAUUAUGGAUACAUUUUUUUUUCUGUGUGAAUCAAGUGUGUGUGUGUGUGUGUGUGUAGGUCAUAACUGGCCUGGGUGUAUGAGAACAGUGGGCUGCCAUCAGACAACUGACCGUCAUGACUGACAGCUGACAUGACAGUGGUGUCACAUGUAGAUAUUGAUCUGAAUUCACUAGUACAGGAGCUCAGGGUGUGAGAAUACUUUUUUAGGUGCCUUUGUAAAUAUGGUGGAAAUUUGAGCAUAAUUGUCAGAGAAAAAACUGGUAUGGCCAUGAUAUUCUUAGCAAUUCAUUUUAAUUUUCAUGUAAAUGACUUCCAUUUUUCCUUGUAUCAUUUAAUUAUUCUUGUUUUUUAAAAGUAACAUUCCUUACUAGACAAUUUUUUAUGAACAAGACCUGUUGUAGAGAUCAAUGUACAUAUUUUAUUAUAAACAUUCCAUUUUUAAAAACAAAUAAACAUUUGAUUAAAUUUGUAAUCUGUGUCUCAAAUGGAACUGUCAAUUGCGUGGUUAAAU